AUGAAGUUGAACAUCAGCUACCCUGCCAAUGGCAGCCAGAAGCUCAUCGAUAUUGAGGAUGAGCGCAAGCUCCGUGUCUUCAUGGAGAAGCGCAUGGGCGCUGAGGUUCCUGGUGACUCCAUCGGCGAUGAGUUCAAGGGCUACAUCUUCCGCAUCACUGGUGGAAACGACAAGCAGGGUUUCCCAAUGAAGCAGGGUGUCAUGCACCCUACCCGUGUCCGCCUCCUCCUCUCCGAGGGCCACUCUUGCUACCGACCCCGACGCACCGGCGAGCGCAAGCGAAAGUCUGUCCGUGGCUGCAUCGUCGGCAUGGAUCUCUCUGUCCUCGCCCUCAGCAUUGUCAAGCAGGGUGAUGCUGACAUCCCCGGCCUCACCGACGUCGUCCACCCCAAGCGUCUCGGCCCCAAGCGCGCCACCAAGAUCCGCAAGUUCUUCGGCCUCACCAAGGAUGACGAUGUCCGCAAGUACGUUAUCCGACGAGAGGUUCAGCCCAAGGGUGAGGGCAAGUCUCCUUACACCAAGGCUCCCCGCAUCCAGAGACUCGUCACCCCUCAACGUCUCCAGCACAAGCGUCACCGCGCUGCCCUUAAGCGCCGCCAGGCCGAGAAGGUCAAGGACGAGGCCAACGAGUACGCCCAAAUCCUUGCCAAGCGUGUUGCUGAGGCCAAGGCCAACAAGGCCGAUGCCCGUAAGCGACGAGCAAGCUCUAUGCGCAAGUAG